GAGACAGUUUGGUUUUUGUUGUCGUCCUUCGUGCCAUGUGUUUUUAAAGUUUUUUAAAUGCGUUUUAACUAAAUUUCUGAAUGUUGUUAAUAAAAUUGUACAGUUUUUAAGACGAACGUAACCGGAAAAGGACCGAAAAUGCAGGAAGUGGCCGAAGAAGCUUGGGAAUCUACGGAGAACGAUGCGGGUUUAUGCCAAGAACUGCAAAAACUCGAAAUUUCAGAUAACGAUUUACCUAUGGCUUUUAACGAGGAUAGGCACAUGGAAAAAAUACAAGGAGUCGAUUGGAAAACGCACACGUGGAGAAUGAAAGAAAGGAUGAAAACUGUAAGUGUAGCUUUAGUUUUGUGUUUAAAUGUUGGAGUCGAUCCGCCCGAUGUAGUAAAAACCCAACCCUGUGCAAGAUUAGAGUGUUGGAUAGAUCCGAUGACUAUGUCAGGUCCAAAAGCCCUAGAAACUGUAGGGCAAGCUUUACAAACACAGUAUGAAAGAUGGCAGCCCCGAGCCAGAUAUAAACUAUCUUUGGACCCUACUUCGGACGAAGUAAAGAAAUUAUGUUUAUCAUUGAGGCGCAAUGCCAAAGAGGAGAGGGUGCUGUUCCAUUAUAAUGGACACGGUGUUCCUAAACCCACGACAAAUGGAGAAAUUUGGGUUUUUAAUAGGACUUACACCCAGUACAUUCCAUUAUCGAUUUACGACUUACAAACGUGGAUGGGUGCUCCAUCAAUAUAUGUAUAUGACUGUUCCAAUGCGGGAAUAAUAGUGGAAUCCUUCAAAACAUUUGCUGCACAGCAUGAGUCUGAAUAUCAGCAAUCGUUAGCUAGUUCGUCACAAUCAAGGUCUAGCCCAGCUGCAGGCCCGCCAUCUUUCAAAGAAUGCAUUCAGCUCGCUGCUUGCGCUGCCAAUCAACAACUACCAAUGAACCCCGAUCUACCAGCUGAUUUAUUCACUUCAUGUCUAACCACGCCAAUAAAAAUAGCGUUAAGAUGGUGCGUGUUACAACCAACUGCCAAGCUAAUUCCCAACGUUACACUGGAUAUGGUGGAUAAGGUUCCGGGUAAUAUUUCGGAUAGGAAGUCAAUGUUCGGCGAGUUAAACUGGAUUUUUACAGCGAUUACUGAUACGAUUGCUUGGAAUACUUUGCCAAAAGAAUUAUUUCAGAAAUUAUUUCGACAAGACCUAUUGGUGGCUAGUCUUUUCCGUAACUAUUUAUUAGCCGAAAGAAUAAUGAGAUCAUGCGAUUGCACUCCUAUAUCGUCACCUGCCUUGCCUGUGACGUUUCAGCAUGCCAUGUGGGAUGCGUGGGAUCUUGUCUUAGACCUGAGUCUAGGUCAGUUGCCUAAGAUACUAGCCGGUAAAGCCACAUACAAAAACCUGGCCUUUUUUGAAGACCAACUCACUGCAUUCCAAGUUUGGUUACAGUUAGGUUCCGAACACAGACGUCCUCCAGAACAGCUACCCAUAGUUCUGCAAGUUCUUCUCAGCCAAGUCCAUAGAACUAGGGCACUGGAACUGCUCGGCAAAUUCCUAGACCUAGGUCCAUGGGCGGUAAACUUAGCACUCUCUGUAGGAAUAUUUCCGUAUGUUUUGAAACUUCUGCAGAGUUUUGCGAAAGAAUUGAGACCGUUGUUGGUUUACAUAUGGGCGAAAAUACUAGCAGUGGAUAACACAUGUCAAGCAGAUUUAAUAAGAGAACAAGGUCACAAGUAUUUUCUGUCAAUAUUAGUAGACCCAGCAAUGUCGUCUGAGACCCGUACACAAGCUACUUUUGUACUGUCUUGUCUGGUAAGCAACAAUAGAGAUGGUCAAGAAGCAGCGUUACAAGGGUCUUUGGUCAGUGUAUGCUUAGAACAAUUAGGGGAUAGAAACCCCAAUCUACGCAGAUGGGUAGCAAUAUGUUUAGGAAGAUUAUGGGAUCACUAUGAAAGUGCAAGGUGGACAGGUGUUAGAGAUACAGCUCAUGAAAAAUUAUCAAAAUUAUUGACGGAUGCUUGUCCGGAAGUACGAGCCGCCGCUGUCUACGCUUUGGGAACUUUUAUCAACUCAGUAUCAAAGAGGUCAGAGCAUGCCAACAAUAUCGAUCAUGCCGUGGCAAUGACGCUUGUCAAUCAUGCCGGAAGCGAUGCUAGUCCGUUAGUCAGAAAGGAACUGGUAGGAGCCCUGCAAUGGCUGUUACUAGCAUUUGACGUAGCCUUUGCAGCUGUAGCGUCAAAAGAAGGUCAAAAUGCCAACGAAACUCAAAACAGCAACACCCUACCGAGAAUAACCAGCAGAGACAGGUUAGGACAACCAGACAGUGGCACAUUUAGAAGAAUACCUUCAAGUCCCACCAUCAACAACAUAAACAGCCCAUCCAUGACCAACAGCUACAGCGGUAGCUUGGGUACUUUACCAGGGUUGGGCUACGGUUCUGUCUACAUGAAGAUAUGGAUAGCGCUGUGUCUUUUGGAGACCGAUCCUUAUCCAGAAGUAGCUAACAUGUGCCUUACUAUCACCGAACAUAUUCGCUCUUUGGCUAGGGAGCAGCGUGAAAUGGCCGACAGUAGACAUUCCAGCAUGAGCCUACCGCCCAGCCCUAACAGGGGCAUGUAUUUAUCAGGGGAAAGUCCGCCAACCCUGCAUUCUAGCGGGGAUUUUCACACUAAAUUAACCAGGUCGGCAAUGGCGAAUAGAACAAGGAAGAAAAAGAACUCGGUGGACGAGACAGGGGAUCAGAAGUCGCAGAUUAUGAGAAAACCGUUGGUUUCGACGAAUUUCGUCACGUGGUCGUCAAAAAAGUUUGUCAAAACGAAAAAAGACGUGGAUUACAGCGAUAUCGAGUCGCAAGAGUACUACGAAAGAGAUUGGAGAAGAAUGAGAAAUGCGGCCAUAAGGCUAGAAGCUGCCGAGGAACAACAAAGAGCCAUUAAGUCCAAAAUAGAGACGCAAGUGUUCCAUACCAGGACGUCGUUACCUCCAAGUUUGAUACAACUGCACCCGUUCAAUCAGCAAAUUGCUGUGGCCGGCAGCGACUUAUUUUCCAUUUGGGACUGGGGUACGGGAGCCAAAACGACAGCCUUACAACAGAAAUCGGCGUUUAAAGGCCGGACAUCAAAAAUAACGGCAUUAGAAUGGGUAAAUGGACACGAUUUGUCUUUGUUAAUGUCUGCUGCAGACGACGGUAGUAUAAGGCUGUGGAAACCCAACGUGGGGACUAGCAGGGAACCUUCAUUGGUGACCGCUUGGCAAGCAUUUAGUGAUUUUAGGUUUAAGCAAACAGGUAAGCCAACAUUAGCUACCGAGAAUUUUUCCAGGUUAUGUUUUUGUUUACCCUGUAUUUUUUCAGGGGUGUUGUUGGCCUGGGAGCAAUAUACAGAGACUGUUUUAACUACGGGUGAUACUAGGAUUAUAAGGUUAUGGGAUACAAAGAAGGAAAUGAAGGCUUUUGAUAUACCCACAGGUACUGACGCUUCAGUGACGUGUAUAGACUCGUCCUACGCAGGCCCGAGCUUCGACUUCACACCUUCGUUGUUGAAGAAGAAAAGAUCUGUAGCCGAUGACGGGCUUUUAGAAGAAGAAGAAUCUUCUCCUAAUGGUCCGAGGUCAGGCCUCGUAGUUAUAGGUUGUACAGAUGGUUCAGUAAGGUUAUUCGACAGAAGAUGUGGACCUCAGGAAGCAAGGGUUAAGGUAUGGAUGGAACACAGCAAGUCCGUUUUGUCUGUCCAGCUCAAAGACAACCUGGUAGUGAGCGGUAGCUCAGAAGGUGACGUCAAACUGUACGACAUCAGAAGAAACGAGUCGCUGCACACGAACAAACCGACUCAGAACAGCGACAUGUCCUGUAUGGCGUUUCAUAGGAGCGCUAACAUAUAUGUUUGUGGAUCUCAGAACCAGUUUAUCAAUAUUUUUACGCUUGACGGUAACUUGCUGAGUACCGUAAGGUCGUACGAAGGCAUUUUAGGACAGAGGAUAGGACCAGUAGGUUGCCUUAAUUUUCAUCCUCAUAAGGUCGUUUGGGCUGCUGGAACUUCCGACUGCUGCGUCAACGUGUACAGCCUGGAGACCAUGUCUCGUCGGUGACGCAGCGAGUCUCAGCAGCCGCCCUAGGGCGGCGUCCGAGGGGGUCCCUUCCGCGGUCUCCUUCUUGGCGGUCUUUGAUCCCCACUGCUUGUACUGCAGUGCCGUGCAGAGUCACAUACAGUAGGAAGGACGUCCUCCAUUAUCCCCGCAGAUUCGUAGCUUGUGCUGUGUACAUAUAUAUUCGUAUUUGUCUUAAUAGUGUAGCUUGUAAGUGACAAACAAUAAAUCGUUGAAACUGUUAUGAAAUUGAAUAAAACAACACAUUGAAUGCA